CCAAAUGGACUUAACCACUUGACUACAGUAAGUGCACCAAAAAUAUAUAGUAACUAAAUAAAAAACCUAGAACAUAAUACAGUAUAUAAUAACAAGAAAAGUUCUAAACAACACAUCCUAACAAAUUAGGGUUUUGACCAAAAAAUGGAGCAACCAAAAGAGAAGAAGAGAAAAGUCAACAGAAAAAGAAGAACGCAAUCAAAAUCAACUUCGUCCUUUCCUCUGGAUCUAACCACAGAGAUACUCUUGAGGCUGCCAGCGAGAUCUGUUUUGAGAUUUCGUUGCGUGUCGAAGCUUUGGUCAUCAAUCACCACCGACUCAUAUUUCAUCAAGUCAUUUGAAACGAGGUUCUCAACACUGCGGCCGAGUCUUCUAGUCUGCUUCAAAGAAGGUGACAAGUUGUUUGUUUCUUCAAUCCCACAACAUAAUCAUAAUUCCAACGAGUCUUACUCUUGUUCUCAGCCUAUUUAUCGUUAUCAUAUGAAAUUCCCAAAAGGACUUAGUACCUUCCCCCCUACGGAAUCCGUCCAGGGCUUGAUCUGCUUUCAAGUAUCAGGAACGCCAAUUGUUUCGAACCCUAGCAAAAGAGAGUUAUUACCCUUACCCAAACCCCCAAAGAGCUUGUAUGCUAACUUUUUAGGAUACGAUCCAGUUGAAGGUAAACACAAAGUAAUGUGCAUGCCUCAUUCAAUAAGUUCUGAUGUGCGUUGGGUGUUUACAUUGGGGUCGACUCAAGAUUCAUGGAGAACGGUCAACACCAACCAUAGGCAUCCUUCUGACUACAAUACUUUUGGGCGAUGCAUCAAGGGGGUCAUAUAUUAUGUAGAGGAUAUUUAUAAUAAGGGUGUUUUGGUUAUAAUUACAUUUGAUGUCAGAUUUGAAAAAUUUGGUAUGAUAGAUUUACCAUCGGAUAUAUUUUAUAGGGACAUGCUGAUAAAUUAUAAGGGGAGAUUAGCUUUUGUUGAUAAAAAUAAAACGAGGAAGAGCACAUUGUGGAUUUUGGAGGAUGCAAAGAAACACAAAUGGUCAUCAAGUAAAGAUUUUCUUGAACCUUUUAGUUACUAUGAUAAGAGUUUGAAAAGCGAUUUCAACCUAAAAGGUUUCACUCAUGCUGGUGAGCUUAUUUAUGCUCCAUCCACAUUUCACAAAUCAUUUUAUAUUUUAUUUUGUGAUUCGGUGAGAGAAAGCUUUAGAAGAUUCGAAUUUAAAGGAAUCACAGAUGACGAAUCCGGUAAGGGAGUCGGAAAAGGAUGUGUGCUCCAUACUUUCCCGAAUCACCUUUGAGAGAGUCUCAUAUCUCUUUGUAACAAUUUGCUGAUUUUUGUUUUGUUUUGUUUUUCCUUUGAAUGACAUUUAAUUACGUUAUGA